UAAGAAAUAGCCAGCGAGCAGACUUGGCUCACUUGCUAAGUCAGAUUCAUAACUCACUUCACAGCAUAGUGAUAGCAGCAGUUGAAAGACAAGAUGGGGAACAGCAAAACAACCCAAUGCCAGAAGAAAGAGAAGCAGGAGAAAGAGAAAUGUUAUGACCCCGGAGACAAGACGCUCAAGUUUGUGAACAGAGAUGACGACAUUAUUGGCGGGGUUAUAUAUGAGUCUCUGAGGGCAGAGAUGUCCUGUGGUCACGCUGUCACCCCAGAGUCAUUGACCGGAUGGUGCCUUAGCCUACUCGACAAGAAAAAGUGCACAUUCAUUUGCCCUGCAUCACGUGAAGAUGGUGAAAUGUGUGGUGCCGAGUGGUCUUACACAGAAGUGCGUAAACUGGCUCUUCUGACUCCUGAGGAGAUGAAGAAAUUUGAGGAGACAAUGGCUGACUUGGUUUCAGCCCAGAACUCUUACAAAUCGUGUCCAGGCUGCAACUCAUAUGUUGCAAGGACUGACCUCUCCAACCUGAGAGUCCACUGCACAGUGUGCUCAGCAGAAAAAGGCCAGCUGUACGAGUUCUGCUGGCUGUGUCUGCAGCAGUGGAAAGGUACACAACAGAGUUCUGACCACUGUGACAACGAUGACUGCAUGACUGAUCUGGAACUGCUGAAGACCUGCCCUACUGUCACAUUUGCUGAUGUCCAGGGGGUCACCGGCUGCCCAUCCACACGUGCCUGUCCCACCUGUGGUGUAUUGUUAGAACACGAUAAGACUGGCUGUAAAAAUAUAGAAUGCAAGAAUUGCAAUAAAGAGUUCUGUUUUGUUUGCCUUAAGCUCACAAUUGAGUGCUUGAAGACCAGCAAAUACUUCAUAGGCUGCUCUGCUGGUGUGGCCCCCAGGCAGACUUCUAUACCCUCAUGGAGUGAUAAAUAAAGAUUUUAUCCAGGUGUACCACUUUCCUUCCUACGGGCACUUGAAUUACUUACACUGAUGCAGAACAGGCAUAAUAGCACAGAAAUUGGCAUGUAUUAACACAAAAAUAUUAUUGAAAAUGUCAAUGUAUUGGUACCUAACUCAAAUUGUGUAUAAAGUCAAUAUGUGCGUAGUAAUACAUGUGUAAUAAUGUAUUAGAUUCUAUAAUGUUUCAUGAUUAACAAUCCAUAUACUACUGAUUAUUAUCUGAUCUAUUUCUGGUUGUUUUAUCUGUGCCUGAAACAAACAAAAAAAAACGCAAAUAGAAAUAAUAAUAAUUUCAAAAAUGUAAUCAAUGGUCAACAGAAAUGUUUGCCCCCUUAAGAUAACCUGGAUGUUUUAGAAAAGGUUUUAUGAAUGCGGUUGUUGUACGAGACAUACAUUUCUGAUAAUAUUUCUAUAAUCAUGUUAUUGUCAACCCUAACCCUAGGUAUUGUUCAAGGGGUCCUCUUCUAAACAUGCUACCAGUAUUGUGAUAUUGUUUCCUUUAUCAAUGAUUUCCCACUGGGUACAAGAACAAUGAAUCAUCAAACAAAUACACAUAUUUAAUAAUAGUUAUAUAAUAAUGAUAAUAAUGAUAGUAUUAACAGAAAUGAUAGUAAUAAUAACACAUUUAAUUUGUAUAGUGCUUUGCAUGACUCUCAACACUUUUACAUACACCAGCCAAACAAGAUCACAUGAUCCUUGGAGUCCACAUCACCAACAAACUAACAUGGUCCAAGCACACCAAGACAAUUGUGAAGAGGGCACGACAAAACCUAUUCCCCCUCAGGAGACUGAAAAGAUUU